AUGGGUUCGGCUGCUUCGAAACCAGUCAAGUCUGCUGCAGGCGCAGCUGCGCGUCGCCAGUACCCCAAGCAAGCCCCUCCUCCUCCUCGGGUCCCGCCGACAGCCCCAAAGGCAACAGAACCGUCGCAAACGCCCACACCUCACACACCCCCGCCGUCUUCGUCAAGUCAUGCCCCGAAACCUGUGCCAAAGGGUCCUACGUACCAUUCUAAUGAACAACCCUCGACCAUAAAAUCUAGCGCCAUUGACCUCGACGGACGAGACCCCGACUUCGCCGCCUCCCUCCGACACAUUGGCCCCGUUGACCCAUUCCCAACCCUCUCCAAUUCGAGCACCGUCAACCGUGGCUCCAUGCAGACCAUCUUCCCUACAGCCUCCAAUCCAGCGCUACUGGUCGUGAACGCACGACAGAGGAUCAACAAGGCUGCACAAGAAGAGCUCGAACAGCUCGGGUCGGGUGAAUUUGCGGGGCGGCAGUUCCUGGAUGCGUUUUCCAUCCAGCAGGCGCUGACUAUGCGUGAUCGGCAAGGAAUGCCCCGAAGAGAGAUCGAGCGACUGAUGCGGUUGAAGAGCGGCGUGAUGGAUCGAUUAGGAAAAGAUGGAUUAGUGUCGAGGGCCGGGUGA